UUGACAACACCAAAGGACAGCCUCCACUCCCCCCACCUGCUCCUCCCCAACCCUAAACCUCCUCUCGUCUACCCCAUGGCGUCGCCGCCGCCGCCUCCGAAGCUGCCGGUCCCCGGCCGCCGCAACAUCCUCGUCACCAGCGCGCUGCCCUACGUCAACAACGUCCCUCACCUCGGGAACAUCAUCGGCUGCGUGCUCAGCGCCGACGUGUUCGCGCGCUACUGCCGGCUGCGGGGCUACAACGUCAUCUACAUAUGCGGCACCGACGAGUACGGGACGGCCACCGAGACCAAGGCCAUGGAGGAGAAGUGCUCGCCCAAGGAGAUCUGCGACAAGUAUCAUGCUGUCCAUAGUGAGGUUUACAAAUGGUUUGACAUAAAGUUUGACAAGUUUGGACGGACAUCCUCUCCCCAACAGACUGAAGUCUGCCAAGCAAUUUUCCAAAAGUUGAUGGAAAACAAUUGGCUCACAGAAAACACCAUGCAGCAGCUGUACUGUGAUACUUGCCAACGAUUUUUAGCGGAUAGGCUCGUGGAGGGGAAAUGUCCAACUGAAGGCUGUAAUUAUGAGGCGGCGCGAGGUGAUCAGUGUGAAAACUGCAGCAAAUUGUUGAAUCCAACUGAGCUAAUUGAUCCCAAGUGUAAGGUCUGUAAGAAUACUCCACGUGUCCGUGACACAGAUCACUUAUUCCUUGAGCUUCCUCUUUUGAGCGACAAGUUGGUAAACUAUAUCAAUGAAACUUCUGUAGCUGGUAUGUGGAGUCAAAAUGCUAUUCAGGCAACAAACGCAUGGCUGAAGGAAGGUUUGAAGCCACGCUGUAUCACCCGAGAUCUCAAGUGGGGUGUUCCUGUUCCACAUGAGAAAUAUAAGGACAAGGUGUUCUAUGUUUGGUUUGAUGCACCGAUUGGCUAUGUAUCUAUCACAGCUUCCUAUACACCUGAUUGGGAGAAAUGGUGGAAGGAUCCUGAUAACGUAGAAUUGUUUCAGUUCAUGGGUAAAGAUAAUGUGCCAUUUCACACGGUCAUGUUCCCUUCUACAUUACUUGGAACUGGCGAAAAGUGGACAAUGAUGAAGACCAUAAGUGUGACUGAAUAUUUGAACUACGAAGCAGGAAAAUUCUCCAAGAGCCAUGGUAUUGGAGUCUUUGGUAAUGACGCGAAGGAUACAAAUAUACCUCCUGAAGUGUGGCGUUACUACUUGCUUACAAAUCGUCCUGAGGUAUCAGAUACACUAUUUACUUGGGCUGAUUUGCAAGCCAAAUUAAACAGUGAGUUGUUGAACAACUUGGGGAAUUUCAUCAACCGUGUGCUCAGUUUUGUUGCAAAACCAGCAGGAGCCGGAUAUGAUUCCAUCGUACCUGAUGCUCCUAACGCUGAGUCGCAUCCACUGACAAAGGCACUUGUUGAGAAAACUAAUAAAUGGGUUGAACAAUAUCUUGAAGCAAUGGAAAAGGUUAAAUUGAAACAAGGACUGAAGAGCGCUAUGGGCAUUUCUAGUGAUGGAAAUGCAUAUCUGCAAGAGAGCCAGUUUUGGAAACUUUAUAAGGAAGAUCCAGCAGCCUGUGCUGUUGUAAUGAAAACUUCAGUUGGUGUGGUCUAUCUCCUUGCCUGUUUGCUGGAGCCUUUCAUGCCUUCAUUUUCCAAUGAAGUGUUGCUGCAAUUAAAUAUGACCCCUGAAGAAAGCUUGUCUUUCUGUGACGAUAAAGGAGAAAUCGCCAAGGCAAAAAGACCUUGGGAUUUUGUAUCAGCAGGCCACAAAAUAGGAAAGCCUUCACCUCUAUUUAAAGAACUGAAAGAUGAAGAAGUAGAGUCCUUCAGGAAUAAAUUUGCAGGCAGCCAAGCUGAGAGGAGCUCAAAAGCACAAGCUGAUGCUGAAGCUAAGAAGGUUGCUGACAAGCUCAAGGGCACAAAAUUAUCUGAUGGAGGUCAAAAGAAGGAACAGAAAAAACAAUCAGGUGGUUCAAAAUCAAAGAAUGCAGAGGUGGAUGUCACGGUGGCAAAGUUGGAUAUUCGAGUGGGGCUUAUCAGGAAAGCACAGAAGCAUCCAGAUGCUGAUUCGCUGUAUGUAGAGGAGAUUGAUGUUGGAGAGGAAGCACCAAGAACAGUUGUUAGCGGCCUUGUCAAAUUCAUCCCUCUUGAAGAAAUGCAGAACCGGAAAGUGUGUGUUCUCUGCAAUCUGAAACCAGUGGCGAUGCGCGGUAUAAAAUCACAUGCAAUGGUUCUGGCUGCAUCAAAUGAGGACCAUACAAAGGUUGAGCUGGUUGAGCCACCAGAAUCCGCAGCGGUUGGGGAGAGGGUGACCUUUGCUGGGUACUCUGGAGAGCCUGAGGCGUCUCUCAACGCAAAGAGCAAGACGUGGGAGAAGCUAUCAGCUGACCUGCACAGCAACGGCGAGCUCGUGGCGUGCUACAAGGAUGUACCCUUCACAACUUCAGCUGGAGUUUGCAAGGUGAAGUCGAUAGCGAGUGGAGAAAUUCGCUAGCUUGGCGACGCCCCUAACGGUGGGGAUAUACUCGAGUGACUUGUUUGACUGAUUUUUAUCGGAAUUGCUGCUGUUUCUUUAUGAUGAAAAUUUUGAUCCUGCCAUUUGAAAGGUCUUGUAUUUGACAACUGCCAGUAUCAAGUAUUGUCCGCAUUUGUGUCAUCGUGAUUAUGAAGACGCAUGGAUAACCGUUUGUUUCCCUUGUAAUGUUGUAGACUUCUUGUAGUAACCUUUUACAAUUCGUCGUA